UUAGCAAAGCCCUAAUUAAAAAACAGGUGAAAGUACGGUUUAGUUAGUCUACCAAUAAAGAAUGAAUAUUUCUUUCCAGAAAUUCUUGCACCUGAAAAUACUUUCAUGUCCCUAUUUUCAAUAAAUUCCUCCUCCUUCAUCCUCUCUCUCUCUCUCUCUCUCUCUCUCUCUCUCUCUCUCUCUUCACCUUAAAUAAAUAAUAAUAAAUAAAUAAAUAAAGGAAUUCCCCAAACACUGCAUGCUGUCUGUCUCUGCCUGUGUUCUACUUUUAACACCUUUUGGCUUUUACAUGCAUUUUAUUAUCAUUUUCUUCUCUGCAAUUUAAUUUGGUACCUCCAUUUUCAUGUUCUUUUUUUUAUAUUUAAAAUAAAAAUUACAAAGUAAAAAGUUUAAUCGUCAUCACCAAAUUCCUACCUUUUUCGUCUUUAUGAGGGUGCAGGGGUGGGUGCGCAGGGUGGAAGUUUAGAGAGAGAGAGAGUUUAGAGAGAGAGAGAGAGAGAGAAAUGGGAGAAGGGGUAUGUGUGUAAGAUCCCUCUCAAGAAUCAAUAAUCAGUGUUUGGUUUGAUUUCAGAAUUACUGGGUCUGCUUUUUUAAUUGUAAAUUAAGAAAAAAAAAAUCCAAUCUUUAGAUUCAGACAUAACCUUCUGGAAUUAGGAUUCAAUCGUUUGUUGUAAUAAAAGAGAGCAGAAGAAAAUGAGAGCAGGCCUCAGCACAAUUCAGCAAACCCUCACACCAGAGGCCGCCGCCGUUCUCAACCAGUCAAUAUCCGAGGCCAGCCGCCGCAACCACGGCCAAACGACGCCGCUCCAUGUGGCGGCGACGCUCCUCUCCUCCCCGUCAGGUUACCUGAGGCAGGUCUGCAUCCGGUCCCACCCCAAUUCCAGCCACCCACUCCAGUGCCGCGCCUUGGAACUAUGCUUCAGCGUGGCUCUCGAACGGCUCCCCACCGCCCAGAGCACGGCGGCGCCGCCGCCGAUUUCCAACGCCCUAAUGGCGGCUCUGAAACGGGCUCAGGCCCACCAGCGGCGCGGCUGCCCCGAGCAGCAACAGCAGCCGCUGCUCGCCGUCAAAGUGGAGCUCGACCAGCUGAUUAUAUCCAUACUCGACGAUCCAAGCGUGAGCCGCGUAAUGAGAGAAGCCAGCUUCUCCAGCCCAGCCGUCAAAGCCACCAUCGAGCAAUCGCUGAACAACACCACCUCCACCUCUCACGCGAGCCCGAAUUUCCACGGGUUCGGGCCGAAAAUGCUCUCCCGUCCGGGCCAAAUAACCCGCCCGUUGGGGCCGGCUCUGUUAGCUAAUAACCGUAAUCUGUAUCUGAAUCCACGGCUGCAUAACAGAGGUGAUGAAGUGAACAGGGUGAUAGAGAUUAUGUCGAGACGAACCAAGAAACGGAACCCCGUUUUGGUGGGCGAUACCGAACCGGAGGCAGUAGUGAAAGAAUUGCUGAGAAAAAUCGAGAACAGGGAAUUCGGAAGUGAUGGGAUUUUCAAGAAUGCUCAAGUUAUUUCGAUGGAGAGAUUAGGGCUUCUAUCAUCGAACGAGAUCAUAUCGAAGAUCGACGAAUUGGGAGCUGUGGUUGAGGGUAUGAUUGGGAGUGGUGGGGUGAUUCUUGAUUUGGGUGAUUUGAAGUGGCUUGUGGAACAAAGGCAGCCGUUGGAUUCAGAGAUGGGGAGGGCGGCGGCAGUGGUGGAGAUGGCUAAGUUAUUGGCUAGAUUCACCGGAGAUGGCGGCGGCGGUGGUGGUGGAGAGAAUAAACUAUGGUGCAUUGGAACAGCAACAUGUGAGACUUAUUUGAGGUGUCAGGUUUAUCAUUCUACCAUGGAAAACGAUUGGGAUUUGCAGGCCGUGCCUAUGGCUUCUAGAUCGCCGCUUCCCGGAAUGUUUCCGAGGUAUAUUUCUGCAUCGGUUUUCAUGAAAAAUUAUAUGCGUUGGAUAAAUAUUCUUGAAUUUUGCAGGCUUGGAAAUGAGAGAUUUUCUUCUAACAAUCUAGUGGAGCCAUUAAAUCCACUUACGGCUUUUCCGACUCCUCUGCCUGCUCUAACAAGCCGUGUGUCGGAAAAUCGGGAUCAUGUUCAAAGAACCGUCUUCUGCAAUCAAUGUUCACAGAAUUACGAAAACGACCUGGCAAAACUCACAGCUACCGACAAAUCAUUCUCCGAAGCUCAACAAGAACCAUCUCUGCCGCUUUGGUUGCAAAAUGCUAAAGUAGCAGAUCAAUCACAAGUGAAGAAAGAUCAGGGACUUCUCUCUAAGCACAAGGCUCAAGAAUUAGAAAAAAAAUGGAGGGAUACAUGCUUGCAUCUUCAUCAGAAUAUCCGUAUCGAAUAUCCAAACUUGCUUAAAAAUCCAAUCUUUCACCAUAAGUUGCAAACAGAUAAGCCCUUAGGAGAAUCUCCGCAGCUCAAAACCAACAAAAUUACCAAUACGCCCCCCGGGAGUCCCGUGAGGACCGAUCUAGUUCUCGGGAGAAACGAAACUGAUGAUGUGGCUAAAGACUUUUUAGACGUCGAUACAUACAAGAAACUCCUCAAGGGGCUCAUGGAGAAAGCGUGGUGGCAAUCUGAAGCAGCCUCUGCAGUUGCUUCGGCCAUCACACGGUUCAGAUUAGGUAACGGGAAACAACGAAGAGAAUCGAGGGCUGAUAUAUGGCUUUUAUUCGCGGGACCCGAUAGAGUAGGGAAGAAGAAGAUGGCUUCGGUGCUUGCGGAGCAAAUAUGUGGGGCCCACCCGAUAACUAUAUGUCUUGGUGACCGAAGAGACGAAGAAGAAUUUGAUAUGGGCUUUAGGGGUAAAACGGGAAUAGACCGAAUCACGGAGGCGGUUAGAAGGAAUCCAUUUUCGGUGAUUGUGCUCGAAGAUGUGGAUGAAGCGGAUGUGGUGGUGCUUGGUAACAUAAAACGGGCAAUCGAGAGAGGGAGGCUCGAAGAUUCUCACGGUAGGGAAGUGAAUCUUGGAAAUGCCAUCUUUAUCCUCGCCGGGGAUUGGUCGGGGAAUGUCCCGGAAGCUUCUAGAGAAAGUGCGAGUGGGAAUUGGCAAUUGGGAGUGGUAGUGAGGGAGAAGAGCGCGAAACGCCGUAAAGAAAUGGAUUACGGCCUCUCGUUGGACCUCAAUCUCUCGGUAGAUGACGGGUCCCACGGGUCCCACGAGUCGAGUGAUGUCACCAUCGAUCGUGAUGACAUCAUCGGUGGCCCUAUAACUUGUCUACCUCGCGAUUUGGUCAACAGUGUGGACGAGUCGAUAGUUUUCAAGCCAGUGGACCCCGCCUUUGUUAGGCGAGAGAUCAAGAAGGCGGUCACGUUGAAAUUCUCGAUGAUGGUGGAUGCUGACGUGGCGAUCGAGGUGGACGAUGAUGUCAUCGAGAAGAUUCUUGGUGGGUUGUGGCACGAUCGGGUUGGUUUAGGGGAAUGGGUAGAAAGGUCGUUCGGUCCGAGCUUUGAUCAGCUGAAGCAACGAUUGCCGGUUCGAUCGAGUGAUCAGAAUAGUUCGGUUGUUCGGAUUGUGGUUGAGUCCGAUUCGGAUAAGAGUAAAGGGAAUGGUGAUUGGUUACCUAAUAGUAUCUUAGUGUGAGUUCUGAUGAUGCCUGAGGGUAUAAAAUGGAUGUUUUUUGUUUUUGUUGGGCUUAGGUGUAAAUAUGAAAACUAUUUGGGUAUAGAUGGAAAUUUAUUUUUUUGGAUGGGUGUGGGUGUAAAAAGUGAACCGUUGGGAGUGAGAUGUUGACAGUUUAACGAAUCUUCAACAGCUCCCACUUCAUAUUUGUUUUUGUUUUCUUUAUAAGUUUAUAGUA